UGCUCGUCCGUCUCCACUCUGAGAGCUGAUCUCCGCAAGUGCCGGUCGUCGAUUUUCGUUUUCAACACGAGCACAUCGGACAGAAAUUAGCAAAUAGGGCCAUACCCAUUGGCAUUCCUCUUCUUUUCUUCCCCGCCUCCUCCUUUCUCCACCAUCGACAACAGUCAUACCGAGCAAGCGAGCAAGCAUCAUGUCGUCUGGAUGGAUCAAUACCGAGACGACGGCGACGAUGUCGCGGGAACGCGCCAACCCGCCAUUCGACGUGCGAGCCAUGUCGAUUGCGCACCACGGCUCCGAAAAGGAUCUCAAGCUCAAGGAGAAGUUCAUGCUCGAAAUCUCGCGUGAUCCGGCUUACUACGCCGUUGACAUCCACGACCUGACAAAGGAUCAGAUCCGUCAGCGAACAUUUGCUAAGAUUCAGUCGCUGGUCCACAAUGUUACCAACGAGCCCCUCGAGGUGUUUCAGAAGCGCAUGGAGGUUAUUGGCCUCUUCGACCCAGGCUUCUGGACUAGAUUCGGCGUUCACUACGGCCUUUUUGUCGGCGCCAUCCGCAGCGCCGCAACGUCCAACCAGUUUAGCUACUGGCUCGAAAAGGGUCUGAUCGCGUGCAAGGGCAUGUUUGGCUGCUUCUGCAUGACCGAGCUUGCCCACGGAUCCAACGUCGCCGGCCUUCUGACGACGGCCACUCUCGACGAGGGUACAGACGAGUGGGUGAUCCACACGCCCGACCUCUCGGCGACCAAGUGGUGGAUCGGUGGCGCGGCCGAGACGGCCACGCACGGCGCCGUUUUCGCCCAGAUGAUUGUCAAGGGCAAGCGCUAUGGUGUCAAGACAUUCAUUGUUCCGCUUCGUGACCCCAAGACAUUCCAACUCCUCCCUGGCAUCAACAUCGGCGACAUUGGUAUGAAGAUGGGCCGCAACGGCAUUGACAAUGGUUACGUCCAGUUCACGAACGUCCGUGUUCCCCGCGCAUACAUGCUUAUGAAGCACACGCAGGUCACACGCGAGGGCGAAGUGAGGGAGCCGCCGCUGCAGCAGCUCACCUACGGAGCUCUGCUCCAGGGCCGUACUGCCAUGGUGGCCGACGCAGCAAACUCGGCCAAGAAGGCCCUCACAAUCGGCGUGCGUUACGCCGCCGUCCGUCGUCAAUUUAAGAGCUCGCCUGACGCGGAGCUCGAGACUCAACUCCUCGACUAUCCCAUCCACCAGCGGCGACUGAUGCCGCUGCUGGCCCAGUCCGUUGCAUUCGGCUACACGGCUCUCCAGAUGAACAAGCUCUUUGAGGAGACGUCGUCGGCCCUUGAGGCUCUCGAGCCCGGUGACCCAAACCUGCAGGCGACGAUCGAGCUGCUCAAGGAGACGCACAGCACGUCAGCCGGCCUCAAGGCCUUCUGCACGUGGGCCACCCUGGAGUCGAUCGAAAAGACUCGCCAGGCUUGCGGUGGCCACGGUUACAGCUCAUACGUUGGCUUGGCGCCCAUGGGCCAAGACUUUGCCGUGCACUGCACGUGGGAAGGAGACAACACCAUCCUGGCACUCCAAAGCGGCCGUGCCCUCAUUGCUGCUUACAGUGAUGCAAAGGAAGGAAAGAAGCUCGCCAGUGGAAACGCCUACCUCAACAACCUCGAAAAGACGCUCAAUGACAAGUGCACGGGUGAAGCGCAGCUCGACACGCUCGAUGGCAUCGACCAGGGGUGGGCUGCUGUGGCCGCGCAUGCAGUCAAAAAGGCCUACGAAGACUUUGAGGCGCUGACCAAGGCGGGCCGAUCGCGCGACCAGGCGUUUGAAGAAUGCAGCCAGUCGCGCUUCGUCGCUGCAAGCGUCCACACAUCUGGGUACAUUUUCCGCCAGUUCCGUGCUGCCGUCGAGCAGGUCAAGGAGGGUAAAGACGGUGUGCGAAAGCAUCUCGAGAUCCUCUGCAAGUUCUACGGCCUGUGGCAGAUGGAGGAGAAGGCUGCCUUCUUCCUUCGCUCUGGUUGGCUCUCACCGGAGCUUCUCGACAAGGUGCAGGCCAAGGUGACGGAGCUCUGCGCCGAAACGCGCAAGUUCGCCAUUCCUCUCGUCGACAGCUUUGCCCUUCACGACCACACCAUCAACUCGCCGUUCGGCCGCUACGACGGCGCCGUCUACACGUCGUACUGGCGUGCCGUCCGCCGAAACAACCCACAGGGCAAGCACUCGUACUGGGAGUCGACCAUCAAGCCGUUCUUGCAUCGUGAGGACGCAGAGUUCGAAGACGUCGACGAGGCCAUUGGAAUCGACGAGGAGAUCGAAGAGAUCAAGCAGGACCGUGAAGAAGCAGAGGCGGAGGCAAAGGAGAACAAGGAGCAGGAGUAG